AUGAAACCUCGCCCAUCAAACUCUGGCAGCGGUGCCAUUCCUCCACCCAAUCCGUCUCUGCAGCAGCAGCCGAAUCUGAAUCCAUCCGCAAGAUCCUUCACUCCUGUCGCGAUUAUGCCACCGGUGGCACCUUCCGCUUACUCGCCUCCCGUUCAGCACCAAGUCGAGCUGGUCUACCACCAGGCCAAAGCCGCCGAGGCUGCAAAGUUGAUGGCCGCACGCGCCCACGGUAUGAUCUCCAGUCCCUUCUGCAGCCCGCACACCACUCCGAAGCUGCCCAUCCAUCCACUUCAUCUCACAUCUGCCGCCCGCGUCUCAUCGCGGUCGCGUUCCUGCCCGUUCCGGCUGAGCCUCAUCGACCUCCUGCGGCCUCUUCGAAUGCCUCCUUCUCAUCAUGGCCUGGUCCUCCGUUCUGACAGUGAAGAUCCAGCCCACACGCCUCCGACGAGCGGCUCCGACCAGAUGCAUGUGCCCAAGAAGCGUCGCAUCUCAAACGCCCUCGGCGGCCCGUCCGACAAGCCACCUUCCCGCUCCGCGUCUGCGCCUAACGCAGCUGGCGUCGCUGUUGAUCAUCACGGCAUCCCGACGACCCCGCCGAACCGCAGCGUCCAGCCUCAGACUACGACCCCCACGCCGCCUGCCUACACAUUUGACGACGACGACAUCUUCUUCCCAAAUGCCGACAAGCCUCUCGUGAAGAGCAGUCGUGGCAAAAAGAAGGCCCCGUCAGGCCGAAAGUGA